ACAAAUCCGUUGAUUCCUAGUUACGCUGCACCAUGUCCAUUGAUCUCCUAUCAAUGAGCUUGACCCGUUGACCUCGUCACACGCAGUUAAAGUGGGGCAGUCGCUACAAAGGUUUUUGUAUACGUACGUGUAUGUUUCUGCCUUGUAAACUGACCCCGCAUUAUCCCAGUACAGUCCAUAGAGCUAUAUUAAAUUACUAGAGCGCUAACUUCGUGUACAAAGUAAUGCCUGCUGGGUGCAUCCAUGUUUGUGCACAAACCUAUGGAGACCUAGACAUUUUGUACGGCUUUUGUACAGCUAUUUGCAUAUAAUUUAAUAUAGCUCUAUGGUACAGUCUGACUACGGAGAAAUACAAAUUUCUCAACGGUGAAUACAAACAACAUGUCUGAAAACGCCGUACCGUCACAGACUUUGACGGAGUACUGUAACAGUUUAGACUACUACAACGUGAAUUUUGAUGUGUAUAAUCGUGUGAGUCAAAGGAUUAACAGAUUUUCAGAUUGGAUAGACAAAAGCCUACCCAAACUUGCGGACUCAAUGGAGAUUUCCCUGCCUGCGACUGGCACAUUAAACGUGCUUAGUGUGGGCGCUGGGAAUGGCACGAUCGACAGCAGAAUCCUACCUCACCUUCGGGACAAGGUACAUCCUAACGUACGAGCUAUCUUCCUUGAGCCUGACCUUCACACGUUUCAACAGUGCCAAGACCUGGUCGGCAAGGAAUCUCCUAGGCUACAAGGUAUAGAGUUUGACUGGAGACAGCAGACAUUCCAGGAGUAUCGAUCAACCGCCAAGGAAGAAGACAAGUUUCAUUUUAUCUGCUGCUUCAACUCCAUCUACUACACGGGAGAUAUGGGGAGUUCCCUCAGAUAUCUCUACGAUAAGCUGCACAGUGGGGGUAUUCUUCUAAUCACACUAGUUGAUGGUAAAUCAGGGGGCGGGCAAUUUUGGCAGUUCCUCAACACAUCCCUUGGCCAAGAGAAAGACUUCUUCACAUCUUUUGAUUUGGAGGAGGCAUGCAGGAAGCAGAACAUUAUGAUUUCAGAGGUCCAGCCGAUUGGGAUCUACGUCAACGUCUCAUGCUGCUUCGAUCCUCCCCAAGAGCUUACCGAGGACGGGAGAUACCUUCUUGAUACCAUCACUCGAUCGGUCAACUUCGCCCAGACUGCAGCGGCUGAGCUUCGGAAGGAUGUGCUUCGGUUCUUGAGGAGUGAUACUUGCUCGUCGAUAACCGCGGACGGGCAGGUAAUCUUGGAUGGGAGUAACUCCGCUUACAUCAUACGUAGACCAUGACCAACUGGGCGUUAAAUGAGUUUCCUUCUCUCUAGACUUAGAAAACUCAGGGAAUUUUUGAGAAACACCAAUAAUCAGGGAAAACUCAGGGAAUUUGACAGUGACCCCGCACCAGGUUGGGAGGCCAAAUUUUUCUUGAAUUUGAUUUUCUUUCUGAAAACGCUUGAAGUGGUUUACAACUUUAGAUUAAUAAGUUGAAAACAAUUACUUUAUUGUGCAUAUUUCACACAAAACAAAUAUCAAAUUGAUUGCUGUUCAUGUAAACUGCCAUAGCAAAGUACAAUGUAUGCUAUAAGUGCUGAAGUUGGAAAAUGAAGCUGUUUGUAGAGGGUCAAUUGG